GUAAGCAUUUUCCAGAUUUUUUUAAUCAGCGUAUUACCAUAAAAAUAUAAAUGCAUCACAGUAUGCAUAUAGUAGCAAUGUCAUCUUUUACUGUAUAAAGUGAAAUGGUAGCGCUUUCACUACCAUUAGUAGUGGUAAUGGUACUCAGCUUAAAAGUAGUAGUUGAAACAUUUACAUGCCUUUUUGUUUAUCUCUGUUUUUAGCCAAGUGAGAAGGAGACCCAUCUCUGCUGUGUAUUUCAUGCUUAUUAAAAUGUGUAAAUACUGAAAAAUUGAAAUAGUGAAUACGAUCUGAAAUAAGAUGUAAAUACUGCAAAAAUUAUCUAAAUGGCACGUAUUGCAUAUUCAUGUAUAAAUUAUGCAUAGUGUACUGUUAUAUAAAAAAGACAGUCAUGUAAUACAAAAAAAAGCCUCUCUUAUUCAGUUCAAAACUUUUUCAAUCUAGAAGCUUGUUGGUGUACGUUCUACUAAAUGCCACCAAUUACCGUAGAGAAAAAUCAAGUGCAUUAUGUUUAUUGCAUUCAUAUUGUGAUGACUCUUUUCUAUAUCGGUGUCUGUUUUGGAUAUUGUUAUUGGUUUGGAUAUUGUUAUUGUCUUGUCUUGUAUAUUGUUGUAUUGUGUUUCAUGUUUGGCACCAAACCACAAAUACAGUAGUUCCAGUAUGCCAUAUAGUGGUGAUAAAGGCUUCUCACUUGAAUAUAUAUUUAAAGAAAUCAGCAUGGCAGUAAAAUUGCACUUCUUUUCCUAGUUUACAUUUCCAGUAUUGCACACUGGCUUGUGUUUCCUAUAGGUAGUACUCUAUGGCAGUACUUUCUCUUGGAAGAUUUAUCUGAACUUUACCAGGCUGUGUGUCUAUUGUAUGUACUGUAGAUGGAAGUUUUCAGGUGUCCGGACACAUUCUUAGCAGGACAUGAGGCAGGACGUUGGCUGAGCCACUCAAGCCCGCUGAGCUAUAUGCUGCAGAGCCAGUCAAAAGACUGAAUCUGCAGCUGUGGCUUCGUGGUACAGAUCAUUGCCCUGAUGGCUAAGUGCACUUUGCUAAGACAGAGAUUCAGCAAUAUUCGGAAGCCUUAUACUAGUCACUGCUUGUAACAUGUCAUUGUGAUACAAUUUGAAAACUCUACACUUUUCAUGAGUUUUCCUUAAAAUUCAAUAACUGAACACAGAGAGGUAUUUUUUCUCCUGGAAUUGCUUUUUUGCACAUGUAGAAGCUACUAAAUGUAAAUACCUUUUAAGGUACUCCUGCCUCCAGAUCAUUCAAGUUUUCCAUGUUUAUUUAAUAUUAAUAACGGUCUCUUUAUGUCUCUGCUUUGGAACACUGGACGUAUUAACAACAUUCAUUAGAAUGCUUUAUUAUGUGCUGAGGUUUAUUUGUAAUAAUAUAGUAACAACCUUCACCAUUUUUUCCUGACAGAAAGAAAGAUCAAACGAUGGAUUUUAGUGACUAUCAGGACUAUAAUGACAAUGUCACACACGGUUACGAAAAGACACAUAGUAUAGAUGAUGAAUCAUCUUCAUGGAAGGGUGCUUAUGUGGCAAUGCUGGUGCUUAACAUCAUGAUCUUCCUGCUGGGAGUCAGUGGAAAUGGCAUUGUCAUUUGGAUCGCCGGCCUCAAGAUGAAGAAAAGUGUCAACAUAGUCUGGUACCUGAGCCUGGCCAUUUCAGACUUCAUGUUUUGUUCCUCUCUCCCUAUCAUUGUUGUAUAUAUGGCCACCAGUGAUUGGAUCUUUGGAGUCUUCAUGUGCAAGUUCACCUCCUUCAUCAUGUUCAUCAACAUGUUCAGCAGCAUCUUCCUCCUAGUCAUCAUUAGUGUUGACCGCUGUGUCUCCGUUGUGUUCCCUGUCUGGGCACAGAACCACCGCACAGUGAGGAAGGCUUCCUUUGUGGUCAUCUUCACUUGGCUUGUCUCCGUUGUUCUGAGUUGGCCCUCAGCAGUCUUCCGAAGUACUCUUCAGACUCAAAAGACCACCACCUGCUUCAAUAAUUACAACUCAACCUCCAUUCAUGGAACUAUUGUUAUCAGUCGUUUUGUCUGUGGAUUUCUAAUACCUUUUUUAAUCAUUAUAUCUUGUUAUUCUAUCAUCUUCUGGAAGUUGAUGAGCAACAGAAUGAAUAAGUCCUCCAAGCCUUUCAAAGUCAUGUCCGCGCUCAUAGCAACAUUCUUUGUUUGCUGGCUUCCAUACCACAUCAUUGUGCUUAUGGAAGCAAGCAACAGAUAUGACACGAAUAUGGUGAACAGAUGGAUUAGGGUGAUGACCACUCUUGCUAGCGCAAACAGUCUCCUAAAUCCAUUCUUGUAUGCAUUUAUGGGUGAAGACUUCAAGCAGAAAUGCUGGAGGUCUGUUCUGUCCAAAAUUGAAAACGCAAUUGGUGAAGAGACACACACCACAAGCAAAUGGGUUUCCGUUUCCAGUUCUGUGGAUAGAAGAAUGUCAACCAUUGUUUAAAAACAGAUUUGCAGGAUUUAGUGAAGUUGUUGACUAACAACAACUCCUUCCUGUUUCACUUCAUUUAUGCAAUUAGUUCAGUCAUGUCAGGCUAUGUGUGAAUAUUUUGGAAAAUGUAGUUGCUCGCACUGUUGAAUAUGUGUUUUUUUCUGUGCCAAUGUCCUCAUCUAGUCAUCAGUUUUUAAUUUGUAUAUCUGAACGUUAACUUUCAAAGUAGCUAUGAUGGAGGUGUCUUUCGCUUAAAUACCAUGGGUAUCAUUACAGCUGGAUAGUGUUCCUAACACAUGCUUAUGAGCAAUAGAAAGUUUAAAAGUUGUUUAUUGUCUUUUUAUCUUGUUUAUAUCGUAUUGUGUUUUUAAGGAAGCUGUUGCUUUAAGUCUUCCUCAUACAGCUUGUGCUUUAAACUUUGAGGUUUGCUUUUUGAAGAAGUGCUUCAGAAGUGGACGUUCCGUUUUCCUCUUUUUGAAUUAAAAACACUGCUUUGGGACAGCUGGUAGCGUAG